ACCUUCAUCUUCACGGAUGGGGAGGAUGAGGAGCUGAAGAAGCAAGCACGAAAUGUCAUCAACACCAACUGCUCGGCUGCCCACAGCCGCCAGGCCCUGUCCUGCAAGAUGGCUGUGGAGUACGACAAGUUCAUUGAGUCAGGCAGAAAGUGGUUCUGCCACGUGGACGAUGACAACUACGUGAACGUGCGGAUGCUGGUGAAGCUGCUCUCCAGUUAUCCACACACACAGGACAUCUACAUCGGGAAGCCCAGCCUGGACCGGCCCAUCCAGGCUACGGAGAGGAUCAGUGAGAACAAGAUGCACCCUGUGCAUUUCUGGUUUGCCACGGGAGGAGCGGGGUUUUGUAUCAGCCGGGGGCUGGCACUGAAGAUGAGCCCAUGGGCCAGCGGGGGCCACUUUAUGAGCACGGCGGAGAAGAUCCGCCUGCCGGAUGACUGCACCAUCGGCUACAUCAUUGAGUCCGUGCUGGGGGUGAAGCUCAUCCGAAGCAAUCUCUUCCACUCCCACCUCGAGAACCUCCACCAGGUGCCCAAGACAGAGAUCCACAAACAGGUGACACUAAGCUACGGCAUGUUCGAGAACAAGCGCAACUCCAUCCAUAUGAAGGGAGCCUUCUCCGUCGAGGAGGACCCAUCCAGGUUCCGCUCCGUGCACUGCCUGCUGUACCCCGACACGCCGUGGUGCCCCGCCAACAUGGUUUACUAG